AUGUCUGAUAAAAUAAGCUCUUUACCGUUGGAAAUUAUCCUUCACAUUCUCUCUUACCUGCCUCUUAAAUCAUUGCUAGCCUUUGGAGAGACAUGCCGCAGCAACUUUGAGUCGCAUACUCUGUGCCUCAGUGAUCUACGAUUAGGUGUCUUUGAAAAGCGCUCUCAUUCGGCUAUCUCCCUACUACGAGCUGGAUGGUUGACACCAGAACAGAUGCUGGAGGGCUCAGCUGAUAAUGUUCGGGGCGACAGCUAUAGAAUAUCAAUCGUUCAGUCAGCGGCAAAUCACGGGGCCUCACCGUUGACCUACAAGCCCGCAGUGAAAGUCAAGGACCACAAAAGACGAAUACAUCUUACGCAAGAGACAUUCCGGACCUAUGAGCAUAUAAUUCCUGAACAAAACAGAAUCUUGGCGCAGGUGGUCAAUCGUUACGGGCGAGGGCUUCGGAAACUCGAGUUCAUGGCAUAUAAUCUCGACGUCACGGGCGCGACGGCUCUGGCUGUUAAUAGCCGACAUGUUCUCAACCACCUUGCGCUGCGGUUUGAACAUCUACAUAUUCGCGAUGGUUCCAUGCGACCAAGUGCUUGGUUGAGUCCCGCACCGGGGAGUACUGCGUGGAACUCUCUGAUUGGGAUCGGACAGCCCACGCAUUAUGGACCCCGCGGAUUGCAGAGUCUGGUCAUGGAGCGAGCUGGUAUCACUCCCUGGCAGCUAAUGAUGUUGGUCAAAAGAAACCCGAAUCUGAGAGUACUCAAGUUGAGGACGUGUCGUGGAGUUCAGCCUGAAUUCCUGGAUUGGCUGGGUGGCAUCGAGGGAGAACUCGACGACUCGAACAUGGACGAUGACAGUCCAGCUCCUGGAGCAAAGUUGGAAGUACUAUGGCUGGAAAAUUGCCAUGAUAUACUCCUCUAUCAUGUUGAAAACUAUCCUUGCCUACCCGACGAGGCUUGUGACCUGGGGCUUGAGUGGGUGAGAGGUCUGAACAGCUUAAAGCAAGCACAGCUGAGCUGUCCGCCUGUACCUUCUCUAGCCGCAUCGCAACUAUGGGCAUCGACCAGGCGCAAACUAUUCCCGCGUGGUGAUGAUGACGAAUCUCACUUUUUGAAACUCGAUCCUCACUGUCAUACCUAUCAGGAAUCCGUGGACUCGACCCUUUUCGGCGACCAGCAGGAUGGCUUCUAUAAGUAUUCUCAGGAUUUGCUUCAGACAAGCGGGGAGGAAAACUACAGAAGACUGGCAGAAGAGAUGGGGUUGCGCUCGUCAGGCAGUACUGCGGUAUCCUACGCAUCAGCUCAAAUGGUUCCGAUCGAACGUCCCGCCCUUCCCUACGCAAUUGGCUCUCCUGACUGGAGUCUGGUCAAUGGCUUGGUCAGAUACAUGGAUCCAUCUGGUAAUGAGGAUCUUACAGACUGGAUUAAAAGUGUGAUGAAGGUCUACAAGAAGGUCUACGCCAUUGCCAAAUUUGUCGUCGUAGUGUUCUACUUCUACAACGUUGACUUGGACGAUAAUGAAGGCCUGUUAGCACUUAUCCGGAAGGCAGAGGAGCUCGCGACGUCCAACAGUAUCAAAGAUCUGGUCAGAGCUGUGGAGACUCUGUAUUACUCCUUGUACGCCAAGCUGAUCAUGGAAAUCGCGAACGCCGAGCUAUGCUCUUACUUUCACCUUGGGAUCCCCCGCGUCACGACCAAGGAUGAUUUUAUGCUUCCCGAGCAGCAUAGCACAAUGAAGAUGUUGCUGGUCUGUAAGGAAUCCCUAGACAGUCCAUCCGUGUGCCUGAUUUUCAGCAAGGACAUCUUGCGCCAACACCAAGCUGGGCUUGUCCGUCGAGCGGUGAAUACGCUGAGGGCGACUGGGUUCUCGCUUGAUGACCUCGUCGGAUACCGUCGGUCCACCCUGGCCUUGCUGGCAAAUCCACAAUCGGAGUUCCGCCAGAAAUGGGACGGCCCGGGCCUCACAUAUCAGAUGCCCCCUAAAGAAGUUCUCAUUGUUGGGUCAGAGAAGUAUCUGUCAUUCGCCCCUAGGGACGCAAUUCGCACCAAGGUCCCGCAACUACGCCUGCGUUUCGUGGAAGAAAAAUCGGUAGACUCAGCGGCGUGGGAACGUGAGACUAUCCUCGGGCACCGUCAGGCAGUACUAGCCAUACUGGAAAGCAGAGUUAUCGGUGAAAUUCGACGUACGGAUGAGCGACGUGGUCUGAUCGAUUAUGCUCGCGAGAGAAGAUGUACCUGUAGAUCACCCUGCAGCUGUGCGAUGGCCUGUACCAUGAACCCCGAGCGUGUUUGUCCUUGUGCCGGAUGGAACUUGACCGUCAUGACAUUAGAGAAUCGCCGGAACUUUCCACACUUGAAGCUCGGUUCGCGGUGUAACAUCCUCUCCAGGAGCAUCUUCGAGGCAGUAUCGACCAUCCGGGACGAUAAAGACCUCUGCUAUCUCGCAGUUGAGAUGAAAGGUGCACUGACCACCAUCGCAAACGAGAUCGACAAGCUGCGGGCGGCCAAUGGCUGCUAA